AUGCCUUGGAGUUGCUGUGAAAAUUUGGCGAUCAUUAGAAUUGUGCUAACAAACAAUACACAAACAGAAAAGUGGAAGUCUAAGAAAAAUGAAGAAGAAGUUUUUGUCUAUAGGCCGAAAAAAUUUAUCUAUAACAGUGAAACGCAUGUAACUACCAUUUUUUUUCCGUAUGAUUUAUUACCAGGAUAUUACACUCUGAAUAUAACAUUUUCCGGUCUUAUAGCUGAAGAUGGAGGAUUUAGAAUUUACAUGAAUAAACAAAAUGAUAGAGUGUGGUUGACUGCAACGCAUUAUUAUAAAUUUGCGACUCGAAAAUUAUUUCCAUUUUUGAAGGAUACUCUAUAUGCUAGUUAUAACAUUUCUAUAAAGCAUCAUACAAACUACACGGCUUUAUCAAAUAUGCCCGUCCAAGAAGUAAAUAUGGAUGAAAAUAAUAUGCAAUGGACACGCUUCAAACCUACGCCUAUAAUUCCCGUUUAUUUCAUAGUAGCGGGUUUGUUUCAUUUUACUUCAGAAACAAAUCAGAGUUUCAGAUUGUUGUGCAGAGCAGAAAUAAAACCACAUGUGCAAUUUGCAUACUCACUUGUUAAAAAUAUUACGCAGUUCUUGAAGGAAUUGCCGUAUAUCAGGAAAACUCCGGAAGAAAAUCACAUCGCAAUUCCGGGGUUGUUCGACGCAGAAGAAAUAAUGUUGGGAUCCGUUCUUUAUAGAGAAGAAGAUAUUAUCUUUAAUCAAGAAACAGAUGAUAAGAUGCGCAAAAUUGAAAUAGCGCGGGUAAUAGGAUAUAAGGUGGUACACGAAUGGUUUUAUAAUGGAAUCAAUCCAUAUGAGUGGCAAUUCUGGUUAAGCAAAGGUUUUGCUAUGUUCUUUGGAAUUUACGCCACCAAUGAGACACUUCCGUAUUUUGGGAUACGAGAUUUCUUUGUGGUUCAAAUGCAACAUGAUGUUCUUCAUUGGAGCACUAAGAACACAUGGCCGCUCACAAAUGAAUCAAGAUUCAAUAGCUCUUUUGAAAUUCCUCGUUACAUCAAGGGUAUAAACAAGCAAAUAGUUCAUUGUCGAUAA